CUUGCCACACCUCAACGUUCAAUUUGGCUUGACGGUGCUGCAGUGGACGGAGGGUUGGAGUGGACAGUCCCUGCUGAUUCGCAAAUAAAAGCUACCAGCAUUGGAGGGUUUCCGGGGUUUGAAUCCGAAAGGGAAGCUUAUUUCCUGGUGCAACGCAGGAACUAUGAAAUCGACCCGUUUCUGCCAUGUUAGUUAUGCGACAGAAUAGUCCUGUGAAGAUAAAACCAGUAUUUAAAGAAAAGUUUAUUGUCAUUACUGAAUCUCUCUUCAAAAGAGCGACACCGUAUGAUGAAGCAACCGACAGUGCAACGUUUUGGGAUGCCUAUCUCAUAUUAGACGUCAAUUCCGACUACCUCACUCAACUGAUUCACAGCAUGUCCGAAGAAUCCUUGUUAAACGUCCGUCACAACAGCAAUCUUCUUUUCUCCGCCUGUGUGGAACGUCUAAAUUGUCGAGACGAAUCGAAUGCGAGCGAACGUACACGUCAAAUCCACUCGUUGCAGUUACUUUCCACGUUAUUGAAAAGUUUAUUUGCGAAAAAACGUCUAAGCUACUUUAACAUCAUCAAUCUACUGACGGGACUCGACAAGGCGGACGUACAACUGAAUGCCCUCGUGAAGACGCUGGACAGUUUGAUAAAGCAACCGACCACGCGAGCUCACGCGCUGGUCUUGGCCUUGGUGCUAUCGGCCGGAAACAACAACGUAAACAAUAAUAGCCUUAACAGCUACUUUAUGAAUCACGAUCUCUCCCGCACCCUGUUUGAGGUUAUUGCAGAUCAAGACAUGACCGAGACCCAGACAAGGCACGCCGUCAUGCUACUGGGAAUGCUUUCAAAUUACAAUAAAUACGAAUCGCGCAAUCCAUAUCUCACUGCACUGUCAAGAAUCAAUGAUGCAAACGUAUUAAAGAGACUAGUAUCCUUAUUUAAAAAUUUGUUCUCCACGUUGAUUAGCCGCUUCUGUCUUGUUGUUAGAGACGAUAAUACGACGUUGACAAAAUCUGUCGUUACUUAUAUGACCAGUUGGUUUUCUACGACUUCAUCACCUGAUCUCACCGAUAUCGAAGCUCUGAACGAAGAAAUUGGAUCCAUGAUUAGCCCUCCCCUGUCCGCAUUGCUUUUACCGUUUUAUGAUCUCAUGAAUACGAAUUCACACUUUAUGAUGGUCUAUACAAGCUACAGCACUUCAAAAGACACAAAGGAAAACGACGAGACGCCGAUCGCCGUGCUCUUAUCUUUUGUGUCCUACCUUGUCCAAUAUAAUCGGAGCGAGCAUUCAGCCGCCUAUACCAAACUCAUGUUUCUGGUGCUCCUACGGUUAACGGAAGAUGACACCUUUCUGUCGUUCAUGGCACGCGACGACACGCAUGCAAUCGUACGAUUGUGCCGGCAGCGACAACCUCCCUUACCGCGGAUGAAAAAACCUCGAUCGCUGUUGUGUGUAAUUUUGGAUGACGCGUUGCUAUACACGAAGCAUAAUCUUCGGAAAAAGCUCGACUUGCCCACUUACAGGUUGGCAUUCCUUGUAAUUCAUCGCAUUCUUUGUUUCCUAUCAAAACGCCAAAUCCGGCUUGCUUAUCACUGGUCGGAAUUAUGGUCGAGCUUAACGGCGAUUCUGCAUUUUAUUGUCAUGCAAUGGGACGAUCUCAUCUUAUUGGAGCGUUUUGAUACGUUCUUGUAUUCGUUUGUCAGCAUAUUCAAUAUUAGUGUGGCUCAAGGAGAGACAUUUUUGCCCGAUACCAAGGCAUACGAUGCUCUCUUUUACGAACUCAUUCGUGCUUCCGAUGAUAUGAUGGCAUUGUCCCAAGGCGUGAGCCGAACGAUGAUGAACAAAACACGAGAAGAUCGCUCGCCUGUCCUGUCUUUUACCGAUUUCUCCAACUUGAGAAUGAUUUGCAACCAUUUCAAGCCAGCUCUGGAUGAAUGGCAAACGACCCACAACGUGAAGUAUCCCAGCCCCGAACAAGUGAUAGGAAUCAUUCAUGAUAAUUACGGAACAUUGGAGUUGGCACCCAUGGGGAAACUUGACAGUGUGGGUGGAUACAAAGAAGCUCCGGCUGAAAUGGGAUUCUUACGUCAUAUGCUGCGCAUUGCAGUGGAGGAUUACUGCGGUCAUCUUUCCCCGUCAGAGAGCCGCAGCAUGUAUCAUCCAGUAUCAUAAAAUACAUCUUUUUUUUUUUGGAUAUAUUACGACUAAGCGAAUGCAAGACAUCGCCCCAUGAAGGAAGCAUAAUAGUGAUGGUGAAAAAAAAUGGACGCGCAAUUAAUGUAGACAUAAAUAAGUAAAAUGUGUAAAAAUAC